AUGUACCUAACGCAGGAGGAUGCGGAUUGUCUCGGUCUUUGCCUGGACAUGGCUUUUGGGGUGCCCUGCCUGGACCAGCCGACCCUAUCAAGCCUGAUCCCCGAGCAAGAGGCGGUCCAGCGCCACUCACGGACCAAGCUUCCAGACCUUCCACACCGGCAGCGCUUUCAACGCUGGUAUCGCGCCUUGGAGAUUGCAGAGGAGACUGCUCGCAACUACAAGACCCCACAGUAUCCCUGCCGCCUCACUGCAUGGCUUCAACAAGCACUUCAACAGUUAUGUCCAGGUGAUGACUUUGAUUCUUUGCGCGCCGAGUUUUUGCAUAGUCAUGGAAGGAGUGUACUACAGAGCCUCUUGCAAAAGGGGAAGCUGAACAUCAGAAGUCUGCUGCCUACACCUUUGUCUACAACCGCUCGCAGGCAAUUUCUCCAAAAUUACUCUGAAGGCAAGGGGGGCAUCUUGCGUCCAACGCUGCAUGGCACCAAUCUCGUCAACCAUGCUUCCAUCUUUGAGCGUGGCCUUCUGAUCCCUGACCCUUGCAAAAAUGGACUGAGGGUGGUGCAUGGAUCCGCGCACGGUCUGGGCAUCUACACUGCUUCCCUGGAGAACCCCUCUCUGGCCCUGGACUUCGUGAGGCCUGCCUGGGGCUCUAAGGCAAUACUGCUCUGUGGUGUGGUGGAUGAUACGAGCUACACGGCCGAACCCAAGAGUUUUGGCGGCCGGGUGUGUCGCCAACAGUCCACUAACAUUCGGGUGGUUGGGGAUGCAGUGAUUGCACUGACGCCCGACCGCGUGGCUCCUCUCUUCACCGCUGCUAGGGUCUGCUUUGCAUGUUGUUGCUGUCAGUAUUCUUGA